CUCUUCUUGCACACGUAUUGGGAACAUGUCGCAUACCGUGCCGGAGAAUGCCAAUGAUCACUGCCCGGGAACCGAGUCGGAGACUGCAGGCAAGGCCGCGUCGUGUGCAGGAUGCCCGAACCAGUCGGCGUGCCAGUCUGCGCCCAAGGGUCCGGAUCCGGACAUGGGUGCGGUGAACGAGCGGAUGGGAUGCAUCCGGAAGAAGAUUCUUGUGCUGUCGGGCAAGGGCGGGGUGGGCAAGUCGACGUUUUCUGCCCACCUUGCGCGCGCGCUUGCGGCGCAGGACAAGACAACAGUGGGCCUGCUGGAUGUGGACAUCUGCGGGCCGUCGAUUCCGACACUCAUGGGCGUCGCGUCCAAGUCGAUCAUGUCGGUGACCGGCGACGGGUGGUCACCCGUCUUUGUGGGCGAGUCGCUGGCGGUCAUGUCCAUCGGAUUUCUGCUCGAGUCGCCAGACCAGGCCAUCAUCUGGCGCGGGCCCAAGAAGAACGGGAUGAUCAAGCAGUUCCUCCGCGACGUCAACUGGGGCGAGGCCGCGACCGAGGCCGCUUCGGGCGACGACGACGACGCCAAGCUCGACUAUCUGGUGGUUGACACGCCGCCGGGCACGUCGGACGAGCACCUCUCGAUCGUGCAGUAUCUCAAGGGGUCGGGCAUUGACGGCGCGGUCAUUGUGACCACUCCGCAGGAGAUGUCCCUGCUCGAUGUGCGCAAGGAGAUCAACUUUUGCAAGAAGGUCGGCGUCAAGGUUCUUGGGGUUGUGGAGAACAUGUCGGGCUUUGUGUGCCCGUCGUGCUCGACCAAGACGAUGAUCUUCUCGCCCACCACCGGCGGCGCCGAGGCCAUGUGUGAGGCCAUGGGCGUCCCGUACCUCGGCGCCAUCCCUAUUGACCCUGCGCUGGCCAAGUCGUGCGACCGCGGCAAGUCAUACUUUGAGGAGGCGCCCGACUCGGCCGGCGUCGCCGCGUUUAACCAUGUCAUCGACGGCAUCAAAGCGGCUCUGGAGGCCGAGGCCUAAGCCUGCAAGGGGCGCGGGGCGGGCCCAGCUCAUGGCUCGAAGAGGAGCGGAAAGUACUCUCCGACAAGCGGCUCGCCACAUGGAACAGGCGGGACGCCGGCGAGGAGCGGACUAUCGUCGUUGGCGUACACACCGUCGGCGAUGACGUUGACAGCAGCGGCGCGGCGUGGCGCGGAGCUCGUGUUUGGCCAGGAGCCGUGGACCGUGUGCGAGUGGUGGAUGGAGGCGUAGCCAGCCUUGAGCCCGAGCAGGUGCGGAUGAAAGGCAGCGCUCUGCUCUGAAGUCAGCACGGAGUGAAUCGAGUCCAUGUCGUCAAAGUGCCGCGAGGUGACCGGGAGUAGGUCCCACGUCUGCGAGCCCGGCACAACAUACAGACCGCCGUUUUCGUGGUUCUGAUCGUCGAGCGCAACGUGGAUGGUGAGAUGGUGAGCAGCGGGUGCGGUACGAGUCCAGUACGACAUGUCCUGGUGCCAAGCAACCGGCCCGCCGAUGCCGCCAGGCUUGCAGAACAGUUGGUCGUGCCACAAGC